AACUGGCCUACCUGGUUAAAUAAAGGUGAAAUUUAAUUAAUUCAAAUUGUGAUGGUAAACCUGGUAUGUGUAUUGUGACACCGCGAGCAAGUUUACUUGCACUUAUUAUUUUUAGUGUACACGGUAAAGGGAAAUUUGCCGAAGGGAAGUUCCUGAAGUUUCAAAACAGCCAGGGAAGAACCUAUUCUGCCAUGCCAAUGAUUACUCAUGUAGCUACCAUUAUACGUGACCUGUUGACGUAAUCUGACUACAUGUGAUUCACUUUAUUAUGAUCAGACAUUCAGUGCCUUUGGAAAGUAUUCAGACCUGUUGACUUUUUCCACAUUUUGUUACGUUACAGCCUUAUUCUCAAAUGGAUGAAAUAAACAGAAAUCUUCAAACCGGUUUAUGUAAAUAUUUGCUAAUGUAUUACUUAAGUAUCCUGUUUCCAUUGGUCACCCUUGAGAUGUUUCUACAACUUGAUUGGAGUCCAUCAAUCUUAAAUGGAAGAAGUUGGGAACCACCAUUACUCUUCCCAAGACUUUCAGACCAUGAGAAACAAGAUUAUUUGGUCUGAUGAAACCAAGAUUGAACUCUUUGGCCUGAAUGCCAAGCUUCACUUCUGGAGGAAACCUGGCAGCAUCUCUACGGUGAAGCAUGGUGGUGGCAACAUCAUGCUUUGGGGAUGCUUUUCAGCGACUGGGAGACUAGUCAGGAUUGAGGGAAAGCUAAAUGGAGCAAAGUACAGAGAUCCUUGAUAACCUGCUCUGGACCUCCCACUGGUGAAGGUUCACCUUCCAACAGGACAACGAUCCUAAGCACACAGCCAAGACAACACAGGAGUGGCUUUGGGACAAGUCUUGAGUGGCCCAGCCAGCGCCCGGACCUGAACCCGCCCGAACAUCUCUGGAGAGAUCUGAAAAUAGCUGUGUAGCAAUGCUCCCCAUCCAACCUGACAGCUUGAGAGGAUCUGCAGAGAAGAAUGGGACGAACUCCCCAAAUACAGAAUGUAACGUCCUCGUGGCCAACAAUGCAAUUCAAGGGACUCCAAGGGCGUAUUAAGAUCCCAAGGACUGACUCUCCAGAUGGAUCUCAGAACUUUGACUUCUACCUGUCCAACGUGGGCAAGGACAACCCUCAGGGAAGCUUUGAGUGCAUCCAACAAUAUGUGUCCAGUUCGGGGACCCCGCACCUGGUGUCCUUGGGGGUGGUUCAAGACAAAGUCACGUUGUGUGCCACCAACGACUCCUACCAGGUGCCUCGGGAGCUUAUGACGCUGGCUAAGGAGGAUGGAACCAAAGUCCUCAAGCAUGGAGGCCAUUUCAAAGGUAAGAAAGUCCAGAUCCGCAAGCCAGCGCCGUCAGGCUCUGAACCAGUCGCGGAGCGCAAACGCUCCACCCCCAUCAACCCAGCCAAGACCAUCCGCAAGUGCCUUGCCAACAACCUGGUUUCCCAGCGCCCAUACCGCGACCGCCUUGUCCACUUGCUGGCGUUGCGCUCCUACAAGAAGCUGGAGCUACUGGCCAGGAUGCAGCGGGACGGGGUCAGUCAGAAGGACCGCAGCUCUCUUGGGAGUACCCUGCAACAAGUGGCCAACCUGAACCCCAAAGAUAACUCGUACACUCUGAAGGACUUUGUGUACCGUGAGGUGCAGAGGGACUGGCUGGGUUACUCUGAGGACGACCGCGUUCAGGUCAAUGGGAUUCUGGCACGGAAACUGGGCCUUCCCACUGAGCCACUUUCCUCCAGCGGUCCUCCUAAAAAUGGGUUCCCGGGUUCCCCACAGAAGUGCCAGCCCGAGUUGCCGAGUCACUUCACUGACCCCUUGAUGCCCAAGAAGCCCCGCAUUUCCCAUGUCACCAGCCAAGUGCCACACACCACCCCCACCUCGUCCUCUAGAGUGCGCCGCAGCGCCACGAAGGGGGACAACAGCCACCACAGCGCCGCUCCCACCACCACUGCCACCACCAAACGCUCGUCUCUCCCAGCCAGGCCCACCACGGCUGGCCCGCCCCUCAACCACCUCCCCCACCCCUCCCAGCUUCCUGUUUCUCACCGCCGUCGUAUGUCUCAUCACCCUGGCCUGGGCUCCAACUCCAGCUCGCCCAGCACGCCUGAGGGCCGUGGCACCCAGGACCUGCCCCUUGACCAGAGCUCAACCUGCCUGGACCCCUCCUCACCGAAAGCCAGCCCCCCAGGCAGGACCGCCGACCGCUAUGGCUCCGGCAUGCUGCCACAGGCCAGCUCCAGCCGCCCAGCCCUCACCAUCUCCUCUUCAUCAUCCUCUUCCUCUACCAUUAUCCCCCCUCCCUCGCUCAGCAGUAGCAAGAAGUCAAAGAAGCACAAGGGGAAGGACAGAGAGAAGGAGCGGUGUAGGGAGGGGCACAGCAUCACAUGCGAUGGCGUCAGCCCCCCAGAGGUACAGGUUAAGGACGGCCAAAGGCCCAGGAAGAGACACCAUGCCAACGGGGAGGAAAGACGAAGUCCAGUCAUCCCCGCCAAAAGCCUAUUCUGCUCAGACGAAGAAAAUAAAAAGAGGCCAGUCCACUCCACAGAUUCCUCCACCACUGUGAUGCCAGAUUACAUAUGUAAGUACAUGACAGUGGUGUCCAUGGACCAGAGGCAGACUUACAAGGACAACUUCAAUGCAGAGUAUGAGGAGUACCGCAACCUGCAUGCCCGUGUGGAGAAGAUCACUCGCCACUUCACCCAGCUAGACGCUCAGUGCAGGAGGCUGCCGCCUGGCACCAAAGAGUACCAGGAGGUACAUGAAGACGUGAUGAAAGAGUACAACAAAAUGAGACUAAUACCGAUUUAUUGGAGGACCAACAAAAGCCGGUACCGAUUAAAAAAUCACAGCCCAAACUACCAGGUGGAGAAGCAGCGCUGCGAGUACCUGCACAACAAGCUGGCCCACAUCAAGCGCCUCAUCGCUGACUUUGACCAGCGCAGUUCCCAAUCCUGGAGCUAGAGCAACAGUUUCAAGACCACACAGGUUGAAGGGGUGUGCGGAGCAAGGGGGUUUCAACUGGCUUUUAUUUAUUCAGACCCCCCUGUCUCUGCUGCCACCCCCUUCUCGUAAUGGUUUCUCCUGAAGCUCCUCUUCAAUUAUACAACUCUGGACUAGAGGAAGGGAACUACAUGCGUGUGGGGGUAGGGGGAUACUUAACACUUCUAGCCUUUGAAGGACUUUAUCCAAAAAUAUAAACUUAUUUUUGAAAGCAGAGAAAAUAUUAUACUUGUAUUUAAGUUUUAAAAAAUAUAUAUUUAUUUUGGACUGUUCAGUUGUGUUUGUGUGUGGUCCACACAUGAUUUAUUGUUUAAAAAGUUAAUAUUUUCCGAAAGCAAUGCAAAAAACAUGGGCCUUAUGUGUUUGACUUUCUGAAGCCAUUUUGCACACGAGAGAAGAUUCCGAGUGGCUCAGUGGUCUAAGACACUGCAUCUCAGUGCUAGAGGUGUCACUACAGACACUGGUUCAAAUCUAGGCUGUAUCGCAACUGGCCUUGCUUGAGUCCCAUAGGGCGGAGCACAAUUGGCCCAGCGUCGUCCGGGUUUGGCCGGUGUAAGCCGUCAAUGUAAAUAAGAAUUUGUUAUUAACUGACUUGCCUAGUUAAAAAGAAAAUCCAACGUAUCGUCCCAAUUGUCAGCAGUUGCUCAUCUUCCCUUCACCCUCUUCCUUCAUGGUGAAGUAGAUGGAGAGGAAUCCACUUUAGACCAUUGAGACGCAACACCAAUAUGGGUUAUAAGGGCCAUGGGGGGGUUACAUUUAGGAGGAUCAUACUCUGAUAGCAGGGGGGCGCUACCUUGCGCAACAUCAGUGUUUCUGCUCUCUGUGCAAAAGGGUGCCUUAAGGUGUUAGUUUACAUGGGGGAAUUACAACCACCUGGCUACAGGUCUCACACACCAGCAUGAGGUGUCUGUCUGGGGGGGGGUGUGUCAAAGAAGGAAUAAAGGUCAGGGAGGCUAUGUAAAAUGGGGGGAGUAAGAUUCGGGGGGAACCCGGGAGAGUGAGAAAAUAGCUAGGUUUCCAUCCAAUUCAUGACUGAUUUUCAUGCAAAUAUUAUAAAAUCGUUGGAUAAAAGUCUGUGUGAUGACGUAGUGCACAUUUAAAAAAAGUUAUUGGUCUCCAUCGCAUUUUCAACUACUGAUGGUUUUGUAAGAGAAAUGUUGUGUUUUAUAGAGCGACUGUGCCCACUGGCAGUGGCAUGUGCGCUCCAGCCAACAGCUCCUGGUGCAGUGCUAGUAGUGGCAUGCUAGUAAUGGCAUAUAGUAGGCUACCUACAUGAGAGCGUUUUUAUUAUUUUAAUUUGUCAAAUGGCAGCCAAGCAUCUAUCAUUAUGUUACUAGAAUAGACCCUCAAUAUUUAUUGGAAAAGAGCAUCAAGCUCAUCACUGCACUUUCACCACCCUGUGAAGUAAAUACCUUAUUUAAUCUGUAGCAUAAACUGUAUGCUUUCCCGAGGUGUAGUGGGAGGACCACAUGAUAUGAUUGUGUGACUCCCAAGUUUACAUCAAUGGUUAUUAUAUCAAUAUUUGCGUGUAAAGUCAACUGCCAUUUCUCGCAUCAUUAAUUUUAUUGAAACAAAAAGAAAAAACAAAUAGAAAAAAGGGGGGAAAAGCUGCUGUAGUCUGUUGUUGUUUGACUAGCCAGAGCACUCAGGAUCAACCUGGCUAAAGUUAGUGUUUUUAAUUGGGGGGCUGUUCUAGAGUGUUUUUAAUUGGGGGGCUGUUCUAGAGUGUUUUUAAUUGGGGGGCUGUUCUAGAGUAGCCAAUCUCUGGAAGGACUAGAGCAUUGACUCGCCAGUUUAUUUAAAGGAAAACGGGCUGUUUGAUAAAUUAAUGCAUCUAUACCAGAGGACAAAUCUGUAUUACAAAGACAAAUGUAUUCUUUUCUCCUUGAUUCCAGUUUUGUCAGUGCAGCAGAACUAUGGAAGAACUGCGAAUAGCAUUUCUGUUUUAGUUUUUGAAUUCAACUCAUGCUGAUUUAGUUUGACAGACAGAUGAAUGCAUGGAUUAAGGAUGAAAAUUUCAUGAUAUCAUUAAUAAACAAGGUCUUGAGCUCAAGGGAAAUAUUAUGUUUACAAACCUGUGUUAGAAUGUUUGUCUCCAAAAAGUGAAAUACUGUUCUGGUAUAUAUCUACAUUACUGGUUCAGCCUUUUAUUUAUGAGGCACUGAUACUGGAGACUGGAUAUAAAAUGUGUUCCCUGGAAGAUGACAUUUCUGUUUUGGGGUAACAUUCUAGUACUUAUUUUAACUUUUUUCUCUCUGCUUUCCAAUUUGGGGGGGAAGGGGGGGGGGGGACAAAUCCAAAAUUGUAAGUAAGAAACUGAGGAUUAUGCACUCUUGCUGCAGAGACUCAUCCAACGGAAGCCCCAAUGAUGUAAGGUCUGAUAGUACUGUCAUAUGAUUGGGGCUUCCGUUGGAUGGGUCUCUGCAGCGGAGGUAGUGUCACUUUUUUUAAACAGGAAGGCCCUCUUCAGUCACAAUUCAAACUUUGCAGGGACCAUGAGCUCAACAUGUUUUAGAGGGAUUUGUAGACAUGAAAAAUACUUCUUUGGAGAUCUCUGAAGCAUCUUGACACUCAUGAGUCCCAGCAGACUACUACAGUACAGGGUCCACUCCCAGCAAAAUGGUGACUUUGGAGUUCAGCAGUCUUACUGAGAAGUUGUAAAGGGCAAACAAGUGUUUAAAAGACAUCUCAAUGUUUUGGUGUGAAAGAUGACUGUGAAGGAGUACUGAUCCUGCCCACCUGAAAAUGCAUUAAAUCUGUAAAAUAAAAGUCAACUUGGCUUUACA